UAAAACUAUAUUUUAGUCCUAUACAUUCUAUAUGAUCACUCCCCUCCCUCUGGUGAUUGUGUAACAAUCAAUUGGUGACAUACAGACAAAGUCCCCGAUCAAUAACCAACACAUUAAAGAAACAUCUUGCUGUACAACAGGAGACACACAUUCACCAAAAUAAACUGUAAUCAUAUCAUUACGGCCUCUCCUCAGCUGGGUGGACACACUUAACUCACUGCUGUCACUUGGAAAUGCCACAGGCGGCAAUAGCAAUCCUAUAUGGCUUUUGUUUGCUUAGUGUUUCUGUCGGGACCGUGCGUAGUAACAGACUGUACGCGCAACGCCAUUGGCGCGGCGGAUCAGUGACUUCUGACGCGCCGCCGCCUCGGGGAGUCGGCUCUGGAUCGCCUGUGUUUGAUAAGGUCCUGGCACACGAGUGAAUCUUUUCCCCGUCUCGAAAAGUUUACCGAACACAUUUGCACGUCUGAGCGCAGCGGCUUGCAGUCGCGGAGCGGUCCGAACGAGGACACACGUUGCAACGCGUGACCCGUUUCCGCUCCUUCGUAGUUUUCGGCUUUGUUGUGUUCCAUGGCUCCGGUCGCCGCGGCGUUUUUUUUUAUGUACCUUCCGGGACCAGAGCGGCGGUCCUUCACUUUGAAGUCCACAGUUAAACCCUCGGCACAGUCGGUUGAGGAACAGCCCGGAGGAUUCCUGCCGCCUGCCGCAGCUCCCUGAAACACCACCCGGGGAGAGGAGUCAAGAGGGAGGAACGCUCCCCUUCUUUGCAUUCUGCGGCCGCAUUGACACCGUCCGACGCGACCGGACAUCGCGGGAGGGCGAGCAGCGCCGGGGCGGUUUGGACCCGCCGCCUGUUGUGUCGGGACUGUACUUUACUUUUCACGUUUUCUGAUCGGCGAGGCUGCGCGGGCACGCGGAUGAGUGAAGAGGAGCUGAGACGCUCCCCCGCUGCUUUCAGAGAGUGAGGAGGAUUAGGCUGGAGCUCAGUGGAGGCACGACGGCACUCGCACACGGCGCACGGAGCUGGAGCCAUGAGCAGGGCGCUUGCGGAGCACAUCAGCAGUAGCUUCCGAGAAGAUGCUCCUCGUCCUCCGGUGCCGGGGGAGGAGGGAGAGGCGUCAUGCUACAACCCCAGCAGAUCUGCCAGAAUGAGAGCCCAGAGCAAGGUUAAAGACGCCGCCGCCGCCGCCGCGCCUCCCGGCUCCACACCGCGGAGGAACGAGGAUGGACUCGGGGAGCCGGAGGGCAGCGCGUCCCCGGACUCGCCCUUAGUCCGGUGGACAAAGUCCCUGCACUUUCUCCUGGGCGACCAAGACGGCGCGCACCUCUUCAGGACCUUUUUGGAGCGGGAGAAUUGCGUGGACACUUUGGACUUUUGGUUCGCCUGCAACGGCUUCAGGCAGAUGGACUUGAAGGAUACCAAAACGCUGCGAGUUGCCAAAGUUAUUUUCAAGCGGUACAUCGAGAACAACAGCAUUGUCGCCAAGCAGCUGAAACCCGCCACCAAGACCUUCAUAAGGGAUAGUAUUAAGAAACAGCAGAUAGACUCUGCCAUGUUCGACCAGGCGCAGACGGAAAUCCAGUCCAACAUGGAAGAGAACGCGUACCAGAUGUUUCUGACCUCUGACAUAUACCUCGAGUACGUGCGCACCGGCUGCGAGAACGCGGCGUACAUGAACCACGGCGGUCUCGGCAGUCUGAAGCUGAUGUGCGGAUAUCUCCCCCCUCUCAUGGAGGAAGAGGAAUGGAGUUGUACUGACCUGAAGGCGAAAACGUUAGGGUCUGUGGUUGGACUGUCUGCGAAAACCCUGAGGGCCACUGCUACCAUCCGGACAGCGGCUGAAGUCCUGGAGAACAGUUGCAGGUCCCACCGUCGAGGAGACCCUGCCAGCCCCUACUUUGUCAACUCCGGCUACAUUUUUGCCCCUGCCACCAGUGCCAACGAUAGUGAGAUCUCCAGCGAUGCAACGACAGAUGACUCCAUGUCCAUGACAGACAGUAGUGUAGAUGGAAUCCCUCCAUACAAGCUGGGCACCAAGAAACAUCUCCAGAGAGAGAUACAUCGCAGUGUCAAGAUCAAUGGCCAGGUUACGCUACCCCACUUUCCUAGGACAUACCGGCUGCCCAAGGAGAUGACCCCUGUUGAGCCCUCAUCCUUUGCUGCCCAGCUCAUAGCCAGACUGGAAAAGCUGAAGAGAGAGCAGGACACCAUGAGCUCAUUGGAGGAGAGGCUGCAGCAGAUCCAGGAGGAGGAGGAAAGAGAGGAGAGCAGCGACCUCGCCAGCAACAACUCCCUCCAUAACCCUCUGCUCCCAUCCGGCACUCAAUGUGAGGAAGAUCCCCAGGCUAUUCUAGACGAGCACCUAUCCCGUGUCCUGAAGACACCUGGCUGCCAGUCACCAGGUGUCGUUCGGCACUCACCGCGCUCACGCUCCCCAGAUCGAACGGGUGCUAUAGUGUCUUCUGGUCAAGCGCCCUUCUUUGGUGCUUAUCCUGGGGCCGCCAAGGUUCUGAUGACGGGGAGACAGUCCACGAAGCACAUCCACCAUCACUACAUCCACCAUCACCAUGCUGGGCCGAAGACCAAGGAGCAGAUUGAGGCUGAGGCGGCUCAGCGCGUGCAGUGCCUCUGCCCUCCAGGGGGCGCCAAUUAUUCUGACUUCACCGCUGCUCGCUGCAGCACUUUGUCCAAACGGCCAUUCAAGGCCACAGAUGAAGGCUUGUCCUCGCCACGCCUUCCCCUAGAUGCCACUGAUCGUUCUCAGAAUGUUUGGCAGUGGAUCCUAGAGAGUGAGAGGCAGGGCAAGCACAAGCCACACAGCACUCAAGGCCUGAAGAAGUCCAGCCCACUUGAUUCCAAGACCCUGCCCGGUCGGACUCACUUCUCUUGGGGCGGAGGCGGCAUCGGCAGUGGGACUCACCUCCGUGGUCACCACCCUGGCCACCCAUUCAUCCAGGACCCAGCCAUGCCACCUCUGCCCCCACCCAACACCCUGGCACAGCUAGAGGAGGCCUGCCGCCGACUAGAAGAGGUCUCCAAGCCGCCAAAACAGAGGCAUUCAACAGCAGCCAGCAGCCUUCAGCGAGACAGGAACCAUCCAGCAGCUGCCUUCCCCACAGGAGACAGCCCCCUAGCCAGUUCUGGACUCCAAGCAGACGAGUCUAAGGAACUAGUGGUCACUUACUUCUUCUGUGGUGAGGAGAUUCCUUAUCGCAGUAUGAUGAAGACCCACUGCCUCACCCUGGGACACUUCAAGGAGCAGCUUAGCAAGAAAGGCAACUACCGGUACUAUUUCAAGAAGGCAAGCGAUGAGUUUGAGUGUGGUGCCGUGUUCGAGGAGGUGUGGGAGGACGCCACCGUGUUGCCCAUGUAUGAGGGCAAGGUCCUGGGCAAGGUGGAAAGGAUGGACUAAAAUCCACUUUGUUGCCGACAAACCUUCCCUCUCCAACCAAAAGCUAAAACUGUCCCUUAAAAAACAAGAGCAAGAGACUCUAUGUAAUUAACAAAAAACACUUUGGACUCCAUUUUUUUUUGUGUGUUUUUCUAUUUCUUAAUAUUAAGCUAAACAGAGUUAAUAUAUCCAGCACAAGAGGAGUGAUUGAAGGAAGAUGAGCCAAUGAAGUAUACCGAAUGCAGAGGAGGUGCCGCACCUCCCCAAAUUUCUCAACCAAUCAGCCUUAGAAACACAAGGGAAUGACGCGACAGACUUUUAAAGGCCAAUACGAGGAGGAUGGCGAUGAUGAUUGGAGGCCAGUGGGGGGGGGGGACCCCACCUCUUCUUGAAUAUAACCACUGAAGAUGUAGAUGACUGUUUUGUUGAGACGUGAUGAGAGGCUGACGGUGCAGUCUCACCGGCCUCCAACCUGCUCUUAACGUUACACUCCAACAUCGUCACAAAAAUGUCUGUACGUGUGCAUAUACAUACAUGAAUAUAUGUAUAUAUACAUGUAUUAUAUAUAGAGAUGCUUUUUGUCAUGAGUUGAAAGUUUUUAUUAAGUAUUUAUUGAAAAAAAAAAAACACUCCUUCCCUCUUAAACCUUCAUUCCUCCCCCUCCCUAUUUCCAGCCAAUGGGCAAGCUGCUUUGAAUGUUGGGAGAAUCCUGUGGUGAUAUUGUUUUAGUGUGUGUUUUUGUUUUGUUUUUACGUUACUCAAAGGAUGUGACACUAGCCUAGCACCUCCCAUAGCCUUGUAGCCCCGCCUGACCCAAACUAACGACCUUAGCAGUGGUCUUGUCUGCGGCGCUCUCCCUCCACUAUACUUAUGGGCAAUCCCAGUCUUAAAUGCUGCUGAUAGUUUGUAAUUUUACGUUUGUCACACUCGGUUUCCGUUCCGUUGUCGUCCCCCCCCCCCCUCUUUUUUUCUCUUUCUCUCAAUCCAGUGACAGCUCAAUCUUUUUUGUUGUGCCUUUGUUUGUAAACCAGGCAAUGCACAGGGGGGUGUGUGGGGUGGAUGGGCGGGAUGAAUAUAGUUACAGAUUCACACAGAGGAGACCUGGAGCACAAGUUGUACCAUCUAAUAAUGGCAGUGUUUACAGCCCGCACACCAAAUAACUUGCGCUAACAAGACCCAUCCUGGGUCACUGAGAGCGACCUCUCACGGAAGUCAGCUAGCGUGUCAAAAAAAUUACACACAAAAAAGGAAAAAAAAAAAAUUGAACCUUGAAGAAUUAUGGCUCCAA